UUGCGGCGCGGCGCUCCCGCUUGGUGCUGCAGUGAGGGGGCAUCGCGAAGUGUGUCGGUGUUAGACAAAGAGCGUUUCAAAAGUUGUACUCAAGUCUGGGUUUGCGACGGAAUAUAGCGCGCAAAUAUGGACGCUGUGUACGAAAACGUGUCUGUGCAUUUAGUCUUAGAUACUGGAGUUACAAAACGACACAUUGAAGAUAAAGCGAAGUUGUGCCUCAGCUAUGAUCCAGCCGGUCUCAGCGCAAAGAUCCACCAAGGUGGGCAGGUGCGGCUGGAAUUCCCCAUUUCGAGGACGACGGAUUUCUGCAAAGUGGGGAGAACAUCGUACAUGUUCUCCCUGAGCAGUGACGCCUUUCUGAUCGUCUUCUCCAGCACACCAGACUGUCAGAGGUUUCACUCCUACAUGCAAAAGUUCAAAGCCGGUCAGGCCGUCUCCGUCUUCUCGGAAAGAACUGAGGAAGCGUCGGCUACGCAAUACUUCCAGUUUUACAGCUACCUGUCGCAGCAGCAGAAUAUGAUGCAGGACUACAUCCGGACGGGCACGUACCAGCGGGCGAUCCUGUCCAACGGCGCCGACUUCCUCGGCAAGGUGGUACUGGACGUGGGCGCCGGCUCUGGCAUCCUCUCGUUCUUCGCGGCCCAAGCCGGUGCCAGGAAGGUGUAUGCCGUGGAGGCCAGCUCCAUGGCUGAGCACGCCACCAGGCUGGUCGAGUCUAACAACCUGCAGCACGUGAUUCACGUGAUCUCCGGCAAGAUCGAAGAGAUCGACCUGCCCGAGAAAGUCGACAUGAUCAUUUCAGAGCCCAUGGGUUACAUGCUCUACAACGAGCGCAUGCUGGAGACGUACCUACACGGCAAGAAGUGGCUCAAGCCCGGAGGCAAAAUGUUCCCGGGCCGCGGAGACUUGCACAUAGCGCCCUUCCAGGACGACGCGCUCUUCAUGGAGCAGUUCGGGAAGUCCAAUUUCUGGUACCAAAACAACUUCCACGGCGUGAACCUGACGGCGCUGCAGGAGAAGGCCGCAGAGGAGUACUUCCGCCAGCCGAUCGUCGACACGUUCGACGUGCGCAUCUGCAUGGCCAAAUCCGUGCGACACGUGCUGGACUUCGAGCAGGCCGAGGAGCGCGAGCUUCACCAGCUCGACAUCCCGGUGGAGUUUCACAUGCUGGAGACGGGCACGGUGCACGGCCUGGCGUUCUGGUUCGACGUGUCGUUCUGCGGAUCUCAGACCACAGUGUGGCUGAGCACGGCCCCGACCGAGCCGCUGACGCACUGGUAUCAGGUGCGCUGCCUGCUGCGCGACCCGCUGCCCGCCAAGGAGGGACAGAUGCUCACCGGCCGCGUCGUCAUGAACGCCAACCAGAGACAGAGCUACGACGUGACCAUCACACUGCAGGUCGAGGGCACCGGCGUCUGGAGCACGGUCACGCUGGACCUGAAGAACCCGUACUUCCGGUACACGGGCGGCCAGCCGCCGCCGCCACCCGGGCACAGCUCGGCCAGCCCCAGCGAGCUGUACUGGUCGCAGCUGGACGCCCAGGGCGCCAGGCAAGCAGUGAACAUGCUGAACGGAAUGACGGUGAACGGCCUGGGCGAGGUGGCCAUGGACAUGACGGGCGCACCGCACGCUCUGGUGGCAGAUGGCCUGGUGAACCAGGCGGCCAUCCACCCGGGCUCCAUCCCGACGGCGCAGGUGAACGCCGCCAAACGCUCUGUGGCGCCCACCAUGUCGUCGGCCAGCCAGCUGAUCGGCGGUGCCAUCAGCCCGGCGCUGAUGACGCAGAGCCAGCCGUACCCGGUCAGCACGUCCUUCAUGAUCGGCGACUACAUGACGCCGGCCGGACCCUUCACCACCGCGCCGGCCUACAAGCCAUGAAGGCCGCGUGUCGCGAGCGCGCUUCUGUGAAGCCGCCAUCGUCGCGUCCCUGUCUCGCUCGCGCCCCGCUGCACUCAUUGGACGCUUACGAUGUGUUUGCCUGCUCUCAUACGGUCGUCGGUUGCAUUCGUCUCCUGUACAAUUCUCAUCGUUUCAGCGGGUAGAGUACGCUAACGUGCAUGUGCUGUGUGCGCAUAGGGGCACACGCGUCGUAAUCUGGUGACUUGGCUCGAAUACAGGCUGUCUGUAGACCCGGCA